GGGAGACCAGAUAUAGUGAAUGCAGGGUCCAGGGAGACCAGAUAUAGUGAUUGCAGGGUCCGGGGAGACCGGAUAUAGUGAAUGCGGGGUCCGGGGAGACCGGAUAUAGUGAAUGCAGGGUCCGGGGAGACCGGAUAUAGUGAAUGCGGGGUCCGGGGAGACCAGAUAUAGGGAAUGCAGGGUCCGGGGAGACUGGAUAUAGUGAAUGCAGGGUCCGGGGAGAGCAGAUAUAGGGAAUGCAGGGUCCGGGGAGACCGGAUAUAGUGAAUGCGGGGUCCGGGGAGAGCGGAUUCAGGGUCCGGGGAGACCAGAUAUAGUGAAUGCAGGGUCCGGGGAGAGCGGAUAUAGUGAAUGCGGGGUCCGGGGAGAGCGGAUAUAGUGAAUGCAGGGUCCGGGGAGACUGGAUAUAGUGAAUGCAGGGUCCAGGG